AUGGAUCACUCUCAGGUUGUUUUAAAUUCGGUGGUUAACCAGAAUAGCCCAGAUAACAACAUCCGGAAGAAUGCUGAGAUAGAAUUCAAUCAUAUGUGUGACCAGGAUCCAUCUUCAGUGAUUUAUAUCUUAAAUCAGCUGUCGUUAAAUGAAGAAUUGCCAAUAGAUCUUAGGCAAUCAUGCUUAUUGCAUUUGCGAAGAAUGGUUCCUAAGUAUUGGUCAUUAGCAUUCCAAUCAUUUAUUGGACCACCUAUCAACCAAGAAUUGAAACAAGUGGUAAGACAAAGUUCUAUUCAAUUGGCAACUUCAACUGAUAACUCUAAGUUAAGGUCGGGAAGUUCGUAUGUUAUUGUCCAAAUUGCAGCAUCUGACUACCCUGAUGAGUGGCCAGACUUGUUGAAUCAAUUGUUUAUCCAGACAACAAACUACGAUAAUAGAAAUGCAAUGAUCGGUGGUUUGAGUGUCCUAAAUGACUUAUUUGAUGACUUAAUUUCAGAAGACCAAUUUUGGGAUGGCGGCGUAGGUGGAGAAUUAACUAAUCAUAUUAUCAAAUUGUUAAAUAAUGAGACUAUUGAAUCUGACAUCAAAACCACUUGUAUCAAAUUGUACCAAAGCAUCUUAAAUGUGUUACAGAGUCCUGAAUCAUUCACAACUGAUCAGAGGAAAAAUUCAGUUUAUCAGCAUGUAACUUCAUCGGUGGAUUUAUUUGUCUCUCUUUUGGAUAAAUCUAUUGCAACUUCGAUUUCUACAGCUGGUAAUCCGUUGAUAUUAAGUGCUAUUUAUUUCAGAACGUACAUUUACAAGACCUUAAAUAGCUUUUUGGGAAGUUUUAACAAAAGAAUUAAGUUAGACAUAAAGCAGACUUUAAUGGGACUUAUAUUAAAAGACUUCAAGUAUGUAUCGAAGUAUUAUAGAAGUGUUGUGGUGUUCGAAGAUAAUAAUUCAGCAAUAGUGACAACCCCGGAUUCAUCGCUGCCUACUGAUAAACUUUCAAAUUUAAUCAUAGAGCUUUUGCUGACGGUAUCUGUUUUGCAAAAUGAUAUUCAUAUCUCGGACGACAUGAAUGCUUUACAUGAAUUUAUUCAAGAUGUAGUUGAGUGUUCAUUAUUACCAAAAGAAACCAUACAACAGUAUGAGGCUGAUUUCAAUAUAUACGUAACUGAUAUAACUGGCUUAUCUUCAACUGCGACAGUACGUGAGUCAGUUAAUGAGUUAUUAUCUGAAUUGAAUGAUCGAGAUGCAAGUCUGGUGUUCAAUUUAAUUACUCAGUAUAUGACUUCAGCCGAUAAUUCAAAAUGGGAAUUAAAGGAAUGUUACUUGUAUUUAUUCGAAAGUUUAUUAAUGAAUGAAGAUACUACAAACCUUGGAAAAAAUGCUUCUUUAACAGACUUAUUAAAUAUUGCAACAAAAUUCAUAUCAUAUGAAAAUUCUAUACAGAAUCACCACUUGGUCACUUCUAGAUGUUUUCUUCUUUUGCCAAAAUUUUUUUCGAAAUUUGAGGAUGAAUUAUCAGUAGAUAGUUUCGGUAUUAAGGCUUUUGUGGACAUGAUCAAAUUUACUUCUGACUAUAAUGAUAGUGACGAUGAUUUAUUUGCUUUGGUCAAAGUUAGUGUCUUAGUUAGUUGCACAUUCUAUAAACAAUUGUUAAAUUUUGAUAAGUCAUUAGAAGUUUCCACCAUUCAAGAAGUACAGUUAGCCAUUUUCCAAAUUACGUUGUCAUUAGUUGAGGAAAGUGAAGAAGAUAGUUUGCCUGCAUUAUUGGAAGCAAUUACUGUUGGAAUAGAUUUAGGUAACGAAUAUGCUUCAAGAGUUAUUGUUUCAAAUGAAACUAGUGUUAUAGGAUUAAUUUUCAAAAUUUCUUUUCAAGACUCUGCCAAUCUUCAAUUGACUGUCGAUUCAUCAGAAUGUUUAAGAGCUUUAUUAGCUAAUAUAUCAAUUAAUGAUUACAUGGCAAGCUGCGAGAAGUCAUUGCCAUUUAUCUUAACUAUAAUUCAGAAUUCCCUCUCCAACGGAAAAGCGGAAUAUUCACCUGAUUUAGAUUUAGCAUUAGAAUUGCUUAGUGUAAUCAUUGAUUCAUCGCCUGCAAACAAUGAAUUUCCUAAUGAAAUUUUCAAUUUUACUUUUCCAGUCUUGAAUAAGUUGAUUCUUGUUUCGACUGACGACCAAAUAUUACAGAGUGCUGGUCAGGUAUUUAACAAUAUAUUGCAAAAGGCAUCAAAAUCAUUUAUAGACUAUACUGAUGCUGAAACCAAGAAAUCUGGAAUGGACUUGUUAUUAACAAUUGUCUCCAAGUUCCUUUCGCCGGAUUUGUCCGAUAGUGCUGCUAUGGAUUGUGGUUCUAUUGUAUUAUCAUUGAUUAACAAAUUUCAAUCUUACUUAAGCAAUGAUUUCUUAACCCAAAUCCUUGAAGCUACUGUUCGAAGAUUGGUAUCUGCAAAAGAGGUCAUCACCAUUGAAAACUUGAUCAUGGUAUUUUGCAACUUAGUUUUAACUUCAUCUUCGGAUAUGAUUAAUUUUUUGAGCAAUAGCAUUAAGCUCGAAGAUCCAAAAACGGGCGAAACAAAAUCUGGUCUUGCGCUUGUUUUACCUAUAUGGUUCCAAUCAUUUGAGAUAACUAGAGGGUAUGAAAAAAUCAAGCAAAAUACUUUAGCUUUAGGUAAGAUUUUUACACUAAAUUCGGAGAGUGUCCAAUCAUUGAUUGUCGAUGGCGAUAUUAUUCCAUAUCAGGGUGACUUAAUUCGUACAAGAUCCAUGACAAAGGCUAUGCCAGAUCAGUACACUCAAAUUUCAGCCCCACAAAAGAUAUUAAAGCUUUUAAUCAGCGAAUUGAACUUUCAGUGUCAACAACCAAAUGCUAACGAUUAUUUGCCUGAAGCUGAAGAAGAUGUAGAAGAUAAGAGGGAUGAUGAAGGAUGGGAAGAUAUGGAUGAUAUUGGGGUACCAAAUUAUGAGAAGUUGAAAUCAUAUGUUGACUCAGACAAUGAUGAAGAGUAUGAUGACCAGAAAGGUAAUGACGAUUUAAAGAUUAUCUUAGUUCAAUUUUUCAAAGAAUGUACUGCAAAAAACUUGGGCAACUUUCGUAAAUACUAUGAGUUAUUGGAUGAUGACGAAAAGAAAAUUUUAACUGAGAAUAUUGCUUUUUAG